GGCAAGCAUUGAUCUCUCAAGAUGUCUGCGCCCUUCACAAGAUGCGUUCUGCAAUCGAAAUUUAACUUGAUAGAUGUUAUUCAAGCUAACAGAGUUUUCCAAGCAGUUGUGGUAAAUCACACUACAAGGGAAAGACAUGUACAUGCCACAACGAGAGCAUUUUCUUCAAAAGAUGGCGAGGACAAAAAAUACAGCUCCGAUCCAUCAACUAAUCAAGAAAGUAAGGGGAAACACGAUGGGAAAAAGUCAAAGUCUGAUCUGGCAGACCUUCUUGGGAGCAUGAAGGUGACCACAAAUACAGAUGGUACAGGAGCCUCAGAACAAAAGCCAAGCAAGAAGCUGAAAUUAGCGCAUCCUCCUCCUAAGACAAAGGCGGCACGAAUGGAAGCUGGAGUUUUCACAGAAAAAAAGCAUGAGCCCUCUAACUUGAAAGACGUGAAGGAUUGGAUCUUAGAACCACAGCUCCUGAGUGCUGUGAGAAAGGUGGCAGAAAGCCUACCUGGAGACACACAAAAUACUGAGUCAGAGCUCAUUACAAAACUCAGAGACCAUUCAGCUGCCACUGCAGGUGCUAAAUCUGAUGUAAAUCUAAGUUCCUUGUUUGUUGGCAUGAAGAUCGAUCGGGAGGCUCCCAAGCGCCGUAGCAGGCAACCAAGCAGGGACGAUGUCACAGAUAGACCUGAUGCAGAGAGACGCCCAGGGUUUGGGCGUUCUCUCGUACCAACAAGACCAACUAGAAAAUUAUAUCCAAAGGUUGAGGAGAGGAAAGAAAUCGAUCUGUUUGGUGCUUCUCCGCUUAACAUUUUUAAAGUUCCUGAAACUCCAGAAGAGCGAGUGUCAGAGGAGUGGGACAUAUGGGAGGAGUAUAACAACAGAGCUCUGAAAGAUGCUGUCACUUAUUCUCCUGCUAAUGCUUUCGUGGAGCAGAUCCAGUGGACCGAGUGUGGCAAGUUAUGGCCAUUUCCCAUCGACAAUCAAAUCGGGCUGGAAGAAGAGGAAAACGUCGGAUUCCACGAACACGUCUUUCUUGACCAUCUUCUCGCCGAUUUUCCGAAACGUGGGCCGGUGCGCCACUUCAUGGAACUUGUCAUCAAUGGCUUGUCAAAAAAUCCAUACAUGACAGUCGCAGAGAAGCGCGAGCACGUCGACUGGUUCCGACGAUACUUCGAAGCGAAGGAAGAGGUGAUUCAUAGCGCUAUUGAAGUUGCCUGAAGCGCCAGUAUUGAUCGUGGGUAGCACGUUUGUUGGUUGUUUCAAUAGCGAUUGGCACAUGCAGAACGACAAGGAUGGGGUUAGAUGAGAGAUAACUUCACAAGGAUUUGAUUUAGUGUCCAAGUUCACUGGGCACUCGAAAUGUACAUUUCCGUCUUUAGUUGACAUGAACUACUUGACAAUCCUAUUUAGAUUUAAACUGCAGCUGAUCAAACAGUUAAAUAUUUAUGAAGUUGGCAAAUAACAUACCAAUAAGCAUGUUAUCUCGUGUUUGUUUUGUUUUUAUUGCACACGUAGCAUUGAAUAAACAGUAGAUGCAAUAGUAAUAUCAAA